AUGGCUGCAAUGAAGCAAUCAUUCAAAUAUCAAAAUACUUACCGGCUUGAAUCAAAAAAUCCAUUCAACUCUGAACAAGUGGAAGUUAUUUUAAAAAAUGUAAUGGACAAACAAUUUUCUCAAUUUGAAAGAUUCGACACUCAAACAUCUGUUGCUCUCUGUAAGAUGGUCACUGAUGAAAUAAUCAACCAAAUUAAAGAGAAGAAUUUUGAUAGGUACAAAAUCAUUGUCGUCAUAACGAUUUGCGAAAAAUUUAUGCAAGGCAUGAACUAUUCACAAAAAAGUUUAUGGGAUCCAACAACUGAUUCGAGUGUUACAUACAUCUAUGAUAGCCCAAAUUUCACUGCCAUUGGUAUCUGUUAUGCACUUUACUACGAAUAG